AAUCUAAAACUUGCGAAAACAAUACAAGGAAGUUUUACACUACUGCUAGAAUAUAAAAUGGUGAAACACGCUGCUAUUGGAAUUGAUCUUGGUACUACCUACUCCUGUGUAGGAGUUUUCCAACAUGGAAAGGUGGAAAUCAUCGCUAAUGAUCAGGGGAACAGAACCACUCCUAGCUAUGUUGCAUUUACUGACACUGAGAGGUUGAUCGGUGAUGCUGCUAAGAACCAGGUUGCCAUGAACCCUAACAAUACCAUCUUUGAUGCCAAGAGGUUGAUUGGCAGGAAGUUUGAUGAUGACACUGUUAAAGCUGACUUGAAGCACUGGCCCUUCAAGGUUGUGAACAUUGGAGGUAAGCCUAAGCUUGAGGUGGAGUAUAAGAAUGAGAACAAACAGUUUACCCCUGAGGAAGUGAGCGCUAUGGUCCUGGUGAAGAUGAAGGAGACUGCUGAAGCAUACCUGGGUUAUCAGGUCAAGGAUGCUGUUGUUACUGUUCCAGCAUACUUUAAUGAUUCACAAAGACAAGCAACCAAAGAUGCUGGAGUUAUUGCUGGAUUAAAUAUUACUAGGAUUAUCAAUGAACCCACCGCAGCAGCUAUUGCUUAUGGUUUAGACAAGAAGAGCAGCUCCAAGGGUGAGAAGAAUAUUUUAAUCUUUGAUCUUGGUGGUGGAACCUUUGAUGUUUCCAUCCUUUCAAUAGAUGAUGGAAUAUUUGAAGUUAAAGCUACUGCUGGCGAUACUCAUCUAGGAGGAGAAGACUUUGACAACAGGAUGGUUGAGCACUUUAUCCAGGAGUUCAAGAGAAAGCAUAAGAAGGAUAUUUCUGGAAACAAGAGAGCACUUAGAAGAUUGAGAACUGCUUGUGAAAGAGCUAAGAGAACCUUGAGUUCAGCUGCUCAAGCAAAUAUAGAAAUUGAUUCUCUUGCUGAAGGAAUUGAUUUCUACACAUCGAUCACUAGAGCAAGGUUUGAAGAGCUCUGUUCUGACCUGUUCAAGGGAACCUUGGAACCUGUGGAGAAGGCACUGAGAGACUCCAAGCUUGACAAAUCCUCCAUUGAUGAGAUGGUUCUUGUAGGAGGUAGUACCAGGAUUCCUAAAGUUCAGAAACUCCUUCAGGAUUUCUUUAAUGGUAAGGAGCUAAAUAAAUCGAUCAAUCCUGAUGAAGCUGUUGCAUAUGGAGCAGCUGUGCAAGCUGCUAUUCUGAAUGGAGAUGAGAGCAGUGAAGUUGGAGAUUUGCUGCUUCUUGAUGUUGCUCCUCUGUCCAUGGGUAUUGAAACUGCUGGAGGAGUUAUGACUGCUCUGAUCAAGAGAAAUACAACCAUUCCAACCAAACAGACUCAAAUCUUCACAACAUACAGUGAUAAUCAACCAGCUGUGACAAUACAGGUUUAUGAGGGAGAAAGAACAAUGACCAAGGAUAAUCAUCUCCUGGGUAAGUUUGAUCUGACUGGUAUACCACCAGCACCCCGAGGAACUCCACAGAUUGAGGUUACCUUUGAUGUUGAUGCUAAUGGUAUCCUAAAUGUAUCUGCUGCUGAGAAGGGUAGUGGGAAGCAGGAAAAGAUCACAAUCACCAAUGAUAAGGGAAGGCUGUCCAAGGAGGAGAUAGAAAGGAUGGUCAAUGAUGCUGAAAAGUUCAAGGAUGAAGAUGAAGCACAGAAGGAGAGGGUUGCUGCUAAGAAUGGACUUGAAGCAUACAUAUUUAACAUGAAAGCCUCCUUUGACCAAGAUGAAGUGAAAACCAAGCUCUCUGCAUCAGAUAUCUCUGAUGCUAAGAAUCAACUGGACUCUGCCCUGGCCUGGUUGGAUAGGAAUCAGCUUGGAGAGAAGGAAGAGUACACAGAGAAGCAGAAGGAGCUGGAGAAUAGUCUGAAGAUGAUUGUAUCUAAGCUGUACGGACAGGGGGGUGCAGGAGGAGUAGGAGGAGCUGAUAGUUGUGGAGCUCAAGCAAGACAAGGAGCUAAAGAACCAACUAUAGAGGAAGUAGAUUAAAUUACUGUAUUUAGAGGCAGUCGAUUAAAUUACCAAAUUAUAGAUCUCGCUGUAUAUUACCAAUAAAUUUAUGUGCUAUUAAUGUAUUAUGGAAUUAAAAUUAUUCUAAAUAAAUGUUAAAAAAACUUU